UAGGAAUAUCUGUUUUCGAUCUCCUCGUGAAUUUAGUUUUUCAUUUCUACCCCGACGUAUUGUAAUUGCCAGAAAUGUAUCGUAUAUUUUUACUCUUGUGGGUAACUACCGCGGCUACCCAGAGCUCUUACAAUGUCGAUUCCCGAGGGUCUUCUUUUUUGGGAAAAUCGAACAAUCUCGGACCUCUAUAUACCCCCGGCCUUGGAGCCGCCAGCAGUAGUUACAGAGAUGACAGCUACGAGGAUAAUGCGGUGACGCCUACGCCAGUGCCACCGCCAAUUUACCGACAAUCUCAGCAGCCUCUGUACCGCAAACCCACAUCCUCGUCGGACGGAACUAUAAGGAUAGUUUCAGGCCUGCGGGGAGGACCGCCGCGGAACGGGCCGUACGACAAAAAUGCACCGCGGGAGGAACCCCUUGAGGAAGAGAAGGAUGAGCCCGAUCGCUUGAGCCUCUUGUUGCCGCAGAGCAAAUUCGACUGCAUUGAAAAACAAACUGGGUACUAUGCCGAUGAGGACCUCAAUUGUGAAGUUUUUCAUUACUGCCAUGAUAAUGCUAAACACUCGUGGAUAUGUCCGGAAGGUUUCACGUUCCACCAGGUUCACUUGAUAUGCAUGCCCCCGAGUGGCGACAUAAACUGCAAAAAGAGUUCAAAAUACCACUUUGUCAAUGAGUACUUGUACAAGCCUCUGAAUCAAGAGGAAGCAGAAACAAAACCAAAUGUGACACUGAGGUACAGCGAAAGAUACUACCCCGGGGACAUAUUCACGGAUGAGCGCGAAUCGGAGGAAUACGAGCCCUCUUCGAACCUCCAGAAGCGGCCAUCUCACCAGCAAUCUUAUCUGAGCCAGCAUUCACCAACGGGCAAUAGUUUACCAUCAGCAUCGCGCCCUGUUCCCCACAGUUUUUCACAAUUCCGUGCGCCCGCCAAUCAGGUAUUCCGCAGUCCCGAAGAGGUAAAUAUCCCAUUGCAGCAGAGACGGCCACAGCAGCAGCAACAGAUUCUCCGGAGAUUUCCCACGAUACGUCCUGAAGAGGACUACGAAUAAGUUUUUGUAAUAAAGAAAAAAUCCCAUAUUUUACGAGUAUUAAGAGA